AUGUCAAUAUAUGGUGGAUUUGCUACAAGAUAACUUGAAUCUCAAUAUAAUCAAUUAGUUCAACUUCUUUUAGUCACUUUAUGCAAAAGGUUAUUAAAAUUUUAUAAUAAUGAAGAAUGUAGUGAAGCUGGUUUCAAAAAAGCAAUCUCCUCUACUGUUGGAGGAAUGAAAUAACUAGAGAUAAAGUAAAAAAAAUAAAUAUAGUAGCAAAUAUUUAGAACCAAAAUUUUCUGAAAGUAUCAAACCUUUAGAAGAUUACUUAUACAAACCAAAAGAAUAUUUAAAACAAACUUAACUAAUUUUAAAAAACAAUUUUUCGUAGGGUUCAGACAUCAGCAUGAUUCGUUAAAAUGAAUAAAUAAUCACUCCAAUUUCCUCCACCAAAUAAAGAAAGAGAAUUCAUAGCAUCAGUUUAACAAAAAGAAAAGAAAUUGAAUUUCGAUAAUAAUUAUUACAGUUAGAAGAGGAAUAGCAUCCCACAAAUUAUUUUAUUAGAACAAGAAAAUAAUUAUGA